GUGGUUUGGCGUAAUAAACACCAUUCGUCAGCGCGGAGACCUGCAUCUGGCAUAUAUCCUCACCACCAAUUGCGGCUUGUCUCGCUUGUUGAAGCGAUGCACCCUUUGCGUGACAUGACAGUCCGGGGCACGAUAGGUUCCCCAUGAUAACUUGCCAGAGCGAAUCUAUCGGGGUGGAGUUGGGAAUGGGUGCGUCCCUCUGUAUGGUGAGUGUCUGCUGGAAAAAAGAUUCGCCGUACACAAUGCGCUACCUAGAGUCAACAGAAAGAAACAUAUUCUUCAUUUCCGUCAUUUCUUUGCGUGAUUUGUUAGUAUACGUGAAGAAGUUGGUUCCGUCUGAAUGCAAGUGUUCGAUGCUCGAGUCGGUAUUUGGUGAUCGACAGCAUGUUUGUACCCGGCUGCUAAUUACUGUACGGAGAUGCAAUUGCUCGCAGUUCGCUGUAGCCAGGUGUCGCCCGCUGCGACAACUGGCAGCCCGCCGUGACCAGCUGGCAUCAGUGGUAAAAAGAACGAGGGUAUAUCGUAACCAGCUUCAACUAAUCAUCUCCGAAAUCGUACCCAGCUGAAUUACAAGAAGCGAAUCGUCUCUGAAUAGUGACAAGCUGUGGGCAAGCACGCGUCCAGGUAACGUACCGUAACCUUCACCACCCCACUGUAACCACACCUUGACGUGCUGCACCCUGCUGCAAGCUCAACAAACUGCCUCACACAACAAGUUUACACACGCGCACAGGUUUCCCAAACGCAGACCGAGAAAAUUUUCGACAUUAGAAAAUAUCGCAAUACUGUUCCGCCUCAAUCCACCGUCUCUUUUUAAGCUUCUUCUUUUCCAUCAUCCACUCUGUUCCUUGGAAGCACGGCCGCCUAUCAUCUUGCCCACGGGGCCGCCCCCAGUUACCUAACAAGCGUCCACCAGCCCGCUGUAGAGGCUCUGCCGCAGCCAAUGACAGGUGCCAAGAGCGCUAAGAAGUGUCCACUGCCCGGAACUAGUGGGGGAACUGAACCUGUGCCUCGACAAACCUUGCAUCAUCGCUUAAUUCUUUAGCAGUCUUUUCCGAUGUCUCCUUGCCGGCGACCUAAAAUCGAACGCGAAUAGUGGAAACUAGACUAAAACAAGUAAUAAUGUUCCGACUGUCAAUCAUAACCGAUGCUACUGGGGCGGAGAUGACGUUGACAGCCGCCAAACUAUAAACCUCCAGCGUCCCCCACCACAGAUGAUGAAUCUUCUACAGCCUGGUCAAUGCUUGUCGCUUUAGCGGCUAGCGUUAGCGCUGCUGCUGUGGCUCCCCGCGCUGGCGACUCCUUGAACCUCAACGCCAACAAGCCUGCGUUUACCUUUGACUACACCGUUUCUACCGUCGACUCGACCAACUGGGUGGCCUUGUACACUGGUGGCAACAACCCUAAUGAUGGAACCAAGAGAUCAUACUCUACCUGGGCAUAUGCGCCUGAUGCUUCGGGCAGUGUUUUCAUUGACUCUGCUUCUGUAGCGGCGGGCGACUAUGACGUCUAUCUGCUGGCCAAGAAUGGCUACACUGUGCUUGCUGGGCCCAUCAAGGCUCGCGCGGCUAGCCAGCCCUCCGCUUCUUCCUUUGCCUAUCGCCCCAAGGACAAGCCCAUGACCUUUGAGUACAAGACUCAGGCCCCGGACAAGAAGAACUGGAUUGCAGUGUACCCUGCGAACAGCACCAGUCCUGUCAAGUCAGGCUAUCUCGCCUGGAGCUAUGCGACAGAGUCCAGCGGCACAGUUGUAGUUUCUACAACAAACAUCACCCCUGGACCUUACGAUGCUUACUUCCUCGCAAAAGAUGGCUACACGCAGCUUGCCGACAAGAUAAGCUUCGUUUACCAGGGCGACAAUGGACCUGUGUCCUUCAUCACACCGAAGUUCACCACCCAGAAUGCCAGACAAGGAGAUGCCUUCCGUGCCAACAUUGCAGGUCUUAUCAACCCUCGCGCUGAGAAGCCCGUCUUCAAGAUUGUCAGCCAGACCAAGGCUCGCUGGGCCAAGAUUGAUGCUGAUGGCACAAUUACUGGCACCCCCUCGUGCGCUACAGGCAAUGCUACUGUCGUUGUCGAGGCCUCCAUUGCAGAUGGUACUACCGACCGUCUCACCGUGACCAUUCCUUGCAUUCCCAAAGGACAGCCUCUGGUCACGAACUUCCGCUUCCUUACUAUGAAUCUUUGGAUUGGCGGCGCCUACGUGUCCGACAGCUACAGAAAGCAAAUCCGCUUCUUUGCAGAUUUGAAUCCCGAUGUUAUUGUCUUCCAGGAAACGGUACAAACUGCCGGUCAGCGUCUUUCCAAGGCUCUUGGCUGGUAUGAGGCUCACUCUGGCGAUACUGCCAUCAUCAGCCGUUACCCCAUCACACAGCUUGCUGGCACUGAUUCCAGCACACAGGCGACUGUCGCUUUUGAUGGCGAGGAUAGCAAGGUCAUCGUCUACAGUGCCCAUCUCGGCUACGAUCCCUACGGACCCUACGACUUUUGCAAGUACAACAUGACUCUCGAGCAGGUCAUGAAGCGUGAGGCUGAAUCAGGCCGUACACCGCAAAUCACGGAAAUCAGCAACGACAUUAAGAAGCUGAUGCCCAAUGCUGAUCGUGUCCCUAUUCUACUUGCUGGCGAUUUCAACGCCCCAUCUCAUCUUGAUUGGACCGAGGCCUCCAAGGCCGAUCACUGCGGAAUCGGAUACGUCGCGUGGCCAACCUCCAAGAUCCCCGUUGAUGCAGGCAUGAUCGACUCGUUCCGUGAGCUCCAUCCCGAUCCUGUGCAGGAUCCCGCCUUCACUUGGUCUCCUAUCCACCCUGCUCCCGAAGAGCCUCAGGACCGCAUCGAUUUUAUCUACUAUGCCGGUGGCGCUAAGGUGACUGCCUCGCAGCCCAUCGUGGUUGGUGUCCCCAAGCCGUCGCCCAAUGAAGGAAACAAUGAGUGGACAACGGAUCAUGCAGCUUUCUAUUCAGACUUUAAGCUUCUCCCUAGUGCGAUGAAAGCUGGUAACUAAAGCUAUUGCGGAAUAUAGAUGUAAUUAGGACUAUGACAGAGUAACGAAUGAGAGUUCGUCCAAUGCUAAACACCCUGCAAACCGUGGGGGGCAUUAGAGCACGCUUCCCUACGGACCUCAGUCCAAUAGAAGGCGUGAAACAUAAAUCCGAGCCCCAUAGCCUCACAAGUAGUAGUUCAAUACUUUCAUGGUAUUUUGUGGCAUGGUGACUUCUACUGACGGCAAAUCAGCAUGUGCCCGAUUUAUUGGCAGUGCCAAUGUCGCGUUACAGGGACAAGGCUU